ACCGUAUUGAUCUGCGCGACACGAGAGGAAAACGGCCUCCCCAAGCUAAAAAAAGGUUUAGAGCGGAUGACGAAGAAAAGAAGAAGAAGGUAACCGAGAAGUGAAAAGGAACCCUAAAAUGAACAGAACAGCUUAAUCUUCAUCAUCGUCGUCGUCGUUCAUCAUGAAGAAGAGGACAUCCCUCGGCCUCGUCGCCCUCUUCACAGCUGUCACUCUCCUCCUGACCAUGAAUCUCCAGUUCGAGCACCUCAAGAUGGACGUGCGGCAGCACGAACCUUUCGUGUCUACGGAGAGGCCGUGGAGGAGCGCGCUCCAGGGGCUGCCCCGCGGCAUCGUCGAAUCGACCUCGGAUUUGGAAUUGAGGCCUCUCUGGAAGAGCACCUCCUUCGAAUCUAGAGCAGAAACUAGUGAAAACUACUCAGCCCUUUUGGCAAUGGCUGUCGGCAUCUUGCAAAAAGAAAAUGUGGAUUGUACGGUUCGUAAGUUUUUAAUAGAAAAUUGCUCCAUAAUACUCUUCCAUUAUGAUGGGAAUGUGGAUGGAUGGCAUGAUCUUCAGUGGAACAACAAGGCAGUUCACAUAGUCGCUCGUAACCAAACAAAAUGGUGGUUUGCGAAGCGCUUUUUACAUCCAGAUGUUGUAUCUGUUUAUGACUAUAUUUUUUUAUGGGAUGAAGAUCUAGGAGUGGAGAACUUUCAUCCUGGAAGGUACUUACACGUAAUGUCUUCUGAAGGUCUGGAAAUAUCACAGCCUGCUUUGGAUCCUGAUCUCUCAUCUGAUAUACACCACCGGAUUACUGUCCGAAAUAGAAUGACUAAGGUUCACAGACGAAUCUAUGAUCAACGUGGGAGUCUUAGAUGCUCUGAUGAAAGCAAAGGACCUCCAUGCACCGGAUGGGUUGAAGGGAUGGCUCCUGUUUUUUCUCGUGCCGCUUGGCAAUGUGUGUGGCAUCUCAUCCAGAAUGAUUUGGUUCAUGGAUGGGGUUUGGAUAUGAAGCUUGGAUAUUGUGCUCAGGGUGAUCGAACGGAGAAGGUUGGGGUGAUUGACACUGAAUUCAUUGUUCACAUGGGAAUACCCUCUUUAGGAGGCUCUUCUAUUAACAAGGCAUCAAAUCAUAGAUCCUUGGACUUACGGACCCACAUCAGAAGGCAGUCAACAGCUGAGCUCAAAAUUUUCAAGGCACGCUGGAAUAAGGCUGUGAAUGAGGAUAGAGAAUGGGUGGAUCCUUUUUAAGUAUUUAUGAGAAAAAAAGGGUGAUAUAAGAAAAUAUAAUGACCUCAGUUCAAGAUCUUAAACAUGGCAAGAAUUGACAUAACAGUCUGUCUAUCAGUGGCAUGACUGGUGGUUUCUAUAGAUCUCCCAAAUGUGCUCCUGAGCUAAACUAAAUAGAAGUUGAAUGGCCGAUAUUGUUGAGUCUCAACUUGAGCCGUUGAUGCCUAGCAAAGCAAGAACUACACAUACCACAAUUCUUUAUUGAUUGUUUUUGCUUCUCAGUGCGAUGGUCUUUUCAUUACCACCGAUGAUGUAUACCAGAGAUUUUAGCUUCCAUGUGGGAAAGGUGAAAGAAAAUAUGAUAUCCCACUCUACUGUGAAAUUAGCUAAAUCAUAUGUUCAAGUAUAUUUUUCAUACAUAUGUAAACCCUUUCUGCUUACUACAGGUGUUGUGGCAAUUUUGUAACUCGGGAUCUGUUGCUGCAAUUUGUAUGACUAUUCUGUAAAAAACACUGCAUUUGGGUGAAUUAUAUGUAGUUUGAACCGCCAA